AUGGCAACACUGUUCAGAAAUGUGCUGUUGAUUUUAGGAAAACAAAUUUGAUUUUGUUUACUUUCUUAUGUCCAAAGAGUUUUUAAUCAUUUAAUAAAAUGGAGCCUGAAAAAUUAAACUUUCAAAAUUUCGUAAAAUUACAAAAGGGUAUAAUGGAAUCUUUAAUUGAUGGCGCCAAUAUAAUAUGCCCAACGGAACUUAAACUCGAUGAAAUGCUUCAAUAUUUCAAUGAACAUUUUAAUGAAUUUCAUCAAAAAGAGAAUCUUCUUGUCGUACUGGCGUUUAUUCAUCGUUCCCUUAAGUUGUGGAUCAAUCGGGAGGAACAUUUAAAAAACGAUAUUGGAGUUAUUUUGCUUAAAUUUAUAGAAGAUCACGGUGAAGAUGAGAGUGAUUUGAAUAUAGUUGUGCAAAUUGUUUAUCAAAUAAUGAAUUCGAUAAGAACUAUUGGCAACAAAGAUGUUCAAAUAUCAGAAAAGUUAUUGUAUCAAUUAACGCUUAUUAUGCAAAAUGUUAAGAACCGUACACUAAUUUCCGGCUGUGUUGCUUGUGUACAACUUUAUUUAAAAAUGUUUCCGGAAAGCUGUAAAAUUCUCACAGAGCUCUGGAAGAAUAUUAAGUGUAAAUUAGAAACAAAUGCAAAAAAGGACAUUAUACAGGAAACUGAUAUUGAUAUAAUAAUUCAGCUUAUUGAUGACUUUCAUAUAAUUCACUCCAACUUUCAUGAAGAAGCAACAUUGAUCACUACCAUUCAGCAGCUCCUUAAAUCUAAUCAAAGAAAAUACAGAAAAUGUGGUUAUUUUCUCUUAAAGAAAGUUUUCCAAUAUUUUGUUGAAUAUAUCAGUUCCGUUACGGCAAUGUGGACAUCUUGUGAUUAUUAUAGAAAAAUAGAGCAAUCUUGGUUAAUGUAUAUAACUAUACUGGAAAAUCUUGAAGAGGAACAAUCACAUUUAAUAUUACCUUCUCUAGAGAAUCUCGAGGAAAUAAUAAAGAGCAAAAAUCUUAAAUCAUCUUGGUUAGAUAUAUUGUACAUGAGAAUAUUAACUCAUAAUAAUAACUUAGUAUUGCGCUGGUCCAUUGAAUUCUUUUUAAAGACGUUUUCAUGUUCGAAUUUAUCCGCGCAUAUAUUGAAACAUUUCCUUAAUGCUACAAAUUCAACUUUACUUUACAACUAUGAAGGUUAUUUUCUUAACAGAGACCUCUUUUCUUCAUUUUUAAAGGGUGAUUUAAUAAAUUUGCUUACAUUAUUACCCGAAGUUGAGAACUGGAAAUCAGUACCCCUGUAUAUAUGGCUUCAAAAUCUUAGUAAGGUACAAUUACCUAAUCGUCUAAACUUUCAAGUGAUCUUAAAUAUAUGUGCUUGUGUUCGAAAACUACAAAAUUGUACUGUACGUCAAGAAUCAAUAAAUUUGUGUUAUAAAUUAUUUGAAGGUUCUUUAAUGCAUUUAUCUAUGGAGGAAUAUGUUACAUACGUAGAAACACUUUAUAAUUCUAGUGAUUACUACGAUGAAUAUGAAAUGUUUAAUAACAAAAAAUCUUUAUUAAUUGAAGCAAAUUCAAAAGGUGUAAUUUUUAAACAACGAUUCUAUGAAAUUUUCACAAACAGUUUAUGUGAAAAUGAUCAUUUGUUUAUGUUUCUGAAUGAUAUACCAGUGGAAAAACAUGGCUGGCUUAAAUAUGCUCUCUUUCAAUUCGAAAUUGCAGAAUCCGAUGUAAAAUAUAUUAAAGAUUUCUAUAAAAUAGAUUUAAAUUCACUUACCCAUUGUGAUCUGCAUAAAGUCAUAAAUAUAUUUCAAGAUUCUAUGCUCGGCUCUCCGCCAUACGACAAACAUGAACUCAAUGUGUGUAAUCAGGCUGCCAUUUCUUUUUACAUUAAUCAAAAAGAUGAUUUUACAAAUGAAAACGAAGAUACAUUACGAUUUAUAUUGAAUUCGGGUGGAAAAUUGAAUGUUUUAGAGACUUUUGCUGAAAAGUUUUUAAAUAAAUGUAAAAAAGUUAUUGAUAUGUGGUUUAUUGAUGAACUUUUAAAAUACAACAACAAAGUUAUACUAAAUUGUGUAGCUGAUUAUCUGCAAAGAGUUUGCGAUUAUUUUGUUGUUCAUAAAUAUGCCCUUAUAAUUUUUAAAAAGUAUGAAUAUAUUCCAAGUGCUUUCUCAGAAAUGAAUUUGCUUAAAAUAUGUACAAAUGAAUUUCUUAAUGAGUUAGCUAGCAAAGGUGAAAAUAGAAUUGAACAAGCGUUUUGCCGUAAUCACUUUGACACUGAAAUACCGCCCGUACGCUCAUAUGUAUUGAAGCAAAUAAAAUCAUUUUGUAACACGCAAUUUAUAUUAGAUUUAUUAAAAUAUCAUAUGCAUUUAACAAAGAAAAAACCAAGAUAUUUUGAAAAUUCAAAUGAACAUCGUAUCAAGUUGAGAAUUGCAAUUUGUAUCUACUAUGGCUGCAACAAUAUGAAUAAAACAGCAAUAAGUGUUAAUAUAUUAGAUAAAAUUUGGAACAUCCUAUUAAAUGAAAAUAAUCAAUUAAAUAUUGUUUACUUUUAUGAACAUAUUCUUGCAAUAUAUGAAAUGAGAGAAGGAGUCAUAUUAAGUAAAUUACAACAGGCACACAAUUCAACCUCAUGUCAACAGGUAUCCAUCAUGUCGGUGGUAUAUACUUAUGUUUUAACACACAGAACAGAUAAUCAUACAAAAUUUACUAUUGUGUCUAAUUUAUUGGCACUUACAAUGGGUGCCAAUUUCCAAACUCGCCUUUUUGCACAAAUGUAUUUAUACCAACUUUUAAAAAGGGAUACUUUUCAAAAUAUAAACGGCUUUACACAAAUAAUCAACUCAAUUAAAUAUGCUACUGGUACAAAAUUAACAGAACAUUUAAAUGACAUACGAGUGCAAAUCAAUAAUUUUAAUAUUGAUCAUAUAAUAGAUAUAAUUCUUAAUGUUACAAAUGCACCAUUUGAUGAAGUCUUCAAUAUUCAUUUAAACAAUUAUAAUAAUGAAUUAAUGAAAGUCUGUCGUGAAACAUUUAUGAAAAAAUUUAAAACUUCAACAACAGAUGACAUUUUACCAAAAACUCCAUUAAAUGAUCAAAUUCAAAGAAAAAUGAAUCCUAUAAAUGAUCUUAGCGAACCGCAUAAUUUAAUCCUUUAUCCUAAAGAAGAAAAACCAGCAGAAAUGUUUGUUAUUGCAAGUCUUAUAGAUAAAUUACCCAACCUGGGUGGUAUUGCCAGAACAUGCGAAGUGCUGGGAAUACAGAAUCUUGUUAUGGCUUCUAAAAUGGAUACAAGUAAAAAUGAUUUCAAAAACUUAAGCAUGACUGCUGAAAAAAGUCUAAACAUACUAGAAGUAAAGCAAAAAGAUUUAAAGGAAUUUUUAAUGCAGAAGAAAUUGGAAGGAUAUGCUAUAAUUGGUGCUGAACAAACCUGUAACAGUCAAAACUUUAGUAAUUUUACAUUUCCUCAGAAGUGUGUUUUAUUAUUGGGACAUGAAAAGGAUGGUAUACCAGCACCUCUGCUUGGUCUUUUAGAUUAUGCUGUUGAAAUACCUCAAUUUGGUCAAAUACGUUCCCUAAAUGUUCAUGUAACUGGUGCUUUGUUUAUGUGGGAAUUUUGUAAACAACAUUUGGUAUCGCAACAAUAAUACACACAUUGUCUCAUUUAAACAAUAUACAACUAUUACAUUUUAAUAUACUUAUAGAAUCUAUAAUAUAGAUUCAUUUUUAUUAACCAUUUUAUAUGUACAUUUUGUUAUUUUGUAUGUCUUUUUUUAAUAAUAAACAUGUAUAACAUGUUA